AUGGAUUCCCAUUUGGAGUACGUAUACAAGCAGUAUGUUGAGUCGUCCGAUGGCUCAUCGGACAGGGAGGAGUACUUCGAUGAAACGACGAUAAUGCGGGCGAUCCUGGAAGACGCGGAGCGUGCGGAGGAGCAUGUUCUCAAUUUCAAGGGCUCGGCCAAGGUUCAUCGAGUGCUCAACUGCAACAGGGCGCACGGCCAUUUGACACUGGUGGAUGACUACUUUGCGCCUGAUACACUCUUCGCUGAUCAUUUUCGCCGACGUUUUCGGAUGCGCAAGACUGUCUUCGAUCGUUUGUACCAUGGCGUCCGAUCCUAUGAUGACUACUACAUCCCGAAGAAGGACGCCGUGGGAAUGAUUGGGUUCUCCGGUUACAAGAAGUGCACGGCCGCAAUCUGGAUGCUUGCAUAUGGCACGGCCGCUGAUUCGUCGGACGAGAACCUACGGAUGUGUGAGAGCACAUGCAGAGAUGCCAUGGUCAGGUUUGCAACUGCAGUGGUCGAAGUGUUCGGACCUCAGUAUCUGAGAUAA